AGCAUCCAAUCGCUAGGCACCUGUGCUGCCGCGCUGCCGGACCGAUCGCCGGCGAGCAGAUCCCUCCGCUAUCCACCGCUACAUCGGAAGAGUCAGGACUGCAUAGGUCAGCAAUGGUCAGCAACUCGAAUGCAGGCAGCGCUGCUGAAGGGGUUAAAAUGGCCAGGUGUCAAAGAGAUAAUAAGCAGAUUGCUCUUGACCAUUCGGAGCUGGAGGUUGUUGUGCCUGGACAAAUUGUCGAGUUUGCUGGACGAAAGUCUGAUGCUCCUAGAUCAUCAUCGUGGGGAAUUGCUUCGGAUUGCCUGGAUCUGAACAUGCUGGUGUUUGGGCUUGCAUCUGACAAAGAUUAUGCCGGGCCUACAGCACCCUCCCUUGUGAACCGUUGGCAUCAGGAAAUUGCCUGCGAGAAGCUGCACGAAAGUGUUCGGAUGUAAUUCUAUCUCGUAGUGUCUCUGCCUGAGGAUGUCAAACUGUUUGAGCCCUUUUA